AUGUUGACUGCAGGCCUUCUGAUGGGCUCCACUCCUGGCAAGACCACCCCCCCCCACCCAGGGCCAGGGGUCCACCCACCCAGCCACCUUGGGAAGACAGUACUGCCCGGGUUUGGGGGGCGGGGAGAGGGGAGGGCAGUUUGGCAGCCUCCCUAUCCGCAAGUAUCAGGCGGAUGGAAGGGUGCCAAUCAGAAGCUGCUUGGCCAGGGGUCAGAGGCCAGAGGUGAGCAGGCCCCUCGAAGGCUCCAGACCCCUGGGGACACCGAGCCUGGGACAUCUCCGAGGCAGGGCAGGCUGGAAACCCGGGGGCUGGACGGGGCUCUUCCCUCCGGACUCCAGAAUGAAGACUCGAUAAGAAAGGACCCCCGGGGUGGGGACACCACCACCACCGGGACCCCAGCCUGCCCUCCCCCGCCCCCGCCCCGGGGCUGGGCCCUGCCCCCUCUGCCCACGGCUCCCACACCUGAUCUAGCUCCCCCGGCCCGUCGUCUGCCCUGGGGUGUUCCCCCCGCCCUGGACCUCCAGCCCCGCCCCCGGGGUCCCGCGAGGACAGGGAAAGGGCGAAAGGAAGCUCCCUCUCGACCCCCCGCGCUCACCGCCACGCGCCGGCCGCCAAACCUGCUCUGGGCGCGGGGGGUGCGGCUGCGGGGUGGGGGCGGAGGCCGGGAGCCGGCCGAGGCCUUCCGGGAUCAGCGCCCGCCCCUCCCGGAGCGAAGCGUCAGUUACCGCCUCUCUGCCUCAGAACGGGCCUCGGGCGCCUCCAGCCGAUGGGCCCUCGGCUGGGCCUCCACCCCACCUUCCCCAAGGCCGGCGCGGCCGUCCGUGUCAGGCCCCCCGGGUUUCCCGGGCCUUUGGUCCUGA